UUUCUACUUAAGCUUUGACUAACUAACCAACACUUUUCCUCCAUUUCUCUCUCUCUCUCUCUCUCAUAGUAAAUCAUAAUCAAUGGCGAUGAGCAAUAACAUAACGGCGCUGCUGAACUUCAUCGCGCUGAUGUGCUCGAUCCCCAUCAUCUCGGCCGGCAUAUGGCUGGCCUCGAAGCCCGACAACGAGUGCAUCCGGUGGCUCCGGUGGCCCCUGGUCUUCCUCGGCAUAGCUUUCCUGUUGGUGGCCCUCACCGGCUUCGUGGGCGCCUACUGGAAGAAGGAGGGCCUCCUCGGCCUCUACCUCGUCUGCAUGUUCAUGCUCAUCGUGCUCCUCCUCGUCCUCCUCGUCCUCGCCUUCGUCGUCACGCGCCACGGCGGCGCCUACCCCGUCCCCGGCAUGGCCUUCCGCGAGUACCGCCUCGCCGGCUUCUCCUCCUGGCUCCGCGACCACAUCACCACCGACGAUAAUUGGGGCGGCAUUAGGGCCUGUUUGGCUGAGUCCCAAAUCUGCCCCAAGCUCUCCCGCAACUAUAUCUCCGCCGCUGAUUUCUUCGCCGCCCAUCUCUCUCCUAUCCAGUCUGGAUGCUGCAAGCCUCCGAUGAUAUGCGGGUACCAGUACGCGGGCCCCACGACGUGGAAUGGUGCAGCCAACAUGGCAGCAGACGUGGACUGUGCCAUGUGGAGCAAUGACCCAAGCCAGCUCUGCUACAACUGCGAGUCGUGCAAGGCCGGGCUGCUGGGGAACCUGCGGCACGAGUGGAGGAAGGCCAACGUCAUACUCAUCGUCACAGUGGUGGUGCUGAUCUGGGUGUAUCUCAUUGCUUGCAGCGCUUACAAGAAUGCUCAAACGGAAGAGCUCUUCGCCAGAUACAAGCAGGGAUGGGCUUGAUUUCUUUUUAUCACUUUCUUUCUACUUUUCAAAUGCCAAUUUAGUUAGUGUUUGUUUGUAUAUAUUCUUGGGCUAGCUGGAAAGGUUGGUGUUUUGAUGAGAAUAAAAUUUCCAACUUUUUUGUUUC